AUGUCUGGUCCCUACGAUUCCUACGGCGGUGGCCAGGGCUACGGCGGCUCACAGUACCCUCCGCAAGGAUAUGGUGGCGGUCAAGGCUACCCUCCUCAACAGGGAUACAGUCAACAAUAUCCGCCACAACAAGGCUACCAACAAUAUCCCCCUCAAGACCAAGGCUUCGGCCCUCCUCGCCGACAAGAUUCCUUCGGCCCCCCACAAGCUGGUGGCUUCCAGCACGGUCAGGCGGGCUACCAAUACGGUGCCUACGAUGCCAGCAACCCACAAGGCCAUUCAGGCUACUACGGCAGUAAUGCCCCCCAGCAAUACGGUAGCAACGAUGCCUACUCCCAGAACCAAGCAUACCAGCAACAAAUGGCCCAGCAAGGCGGUCAACAACAACAACAAGGUCAACAGGGCACAAGCCUGCCACCGGAAGUGGCCAACCACCAGUUUUCUCCGCAGUCGUCUGACCCCAAUGCGCCCAACUACGAUCCCAACGCUCCUCCGAUGAAUGAGAGCGACCGUGGUCUUCUCGGCGCCAUCGGUGGCGGCUUCGGUGGUCAUUUCUUGGGCAAACAGGCCGGCCACGGCUUCCUCGGCACGGUUGGCGGUGCCAUUUUUGGUAGCAUGGCUGAAGACUUUUUGAAGGACAAGAAGAAGCAGCAUCACAGCAGCAGCGGUGGCGGCAGCAGCUGGGGCGGUGGCAGCAGAUACUAA